CACCCCGCACCAUUCUCUCGCCAUCCCGGUGCGCUCCAGGGCGAAGCGGGCACUCUUGAGGGGCUCCCAAAUUUUCGAUAUGCAGUUCGUUAUCGUUUUCCCCGUGCAGGCUGCGGAGUCGUCGAGGUCAACUUCCGCGUGUUGUCUCUUGCCGUGUCGUUUGCAGAGCCCAGGUUGACUGCCAUGACUCAGUACCCUACUCCGACUGGCGGAGCCUCUCUCCUGCUCUCAUUCAAGCUGCACAAACACGCAGUAGUAAUUGUUGGCUCAAACACGCUUGCCGCCUCCCGGGCGUUUGCUGCCCUCGAAGCGGGCUCGACUGUGGUGGUAGUAGCCAAUGGCGGCCUGGCCUCCGCCUGCGACGAGUUGCAGUGGAGAGCCAACGAUGGACAACUCAACGUUGUUGACCUCGAUCACCUUCCUUGCUCUGUGGAAGGCGCGGUGGACAGAGACGCUCAGGCUUUGGACGACUACCUGGGCAGCCUCGAGCAAAUCCGAUUCGUGUGCGUCACCGAUACCCUCCUGAGCGGCGAUUCUCGGAGUCGUCGCAGUCGUACGUCCGCUCAGCUCAUAGCCCACGCAUGCCGCCUCUGCAAUAUUCCCCUGAAUGUUACUGAUAUGCCGGACCUAUGCGACUUCUCAUUCCUGUCUACUCACCGCUUCCAAGAUCACGAGACGGGGACUCCAAGCUCUCUUCAGCUUGGAGUGACAACGAACGGCCAAGGUUGCCGCUUAGCCAGCAGGUUACGGCGCGACAUUGUCGCGACACUGCCCAAGGAGGUCGGCGGAGCGGUCGCCAGCUUUGCUAAGCUGCGCUCGAUGGCAAAGUCGUCGGCUGACGAGGUAAACGAGGAGGUUGGUGCAGAAUUCAAUGAAGAGGCAGGCCCGUCUACCCCAAACCAACCCGUGGCGCAGCGACGUGCAGACGAGACCGCUGGAGAGGGCGCGCGGAGACGCAUGAAGUGGGUUGCGCAAGUCAGCGAAUAUUGGCCGAUCCCGAACCUCGCGAAGAUGUCAUCAGAAGACAUGGCCGGCAUUCUCGACGGUCAAAAUGGAUUCCUCAGCAACGCAUCAGUACCAGCACCAACCUCGCAGGAUCUACCCUCUUUGCAUAGUUUGUCUUUGUCGCCUUCUGCGCGCAAAGGUCGGAUCUUUCUUGUCGGCUCUGGACCAGGCCACCCGUCCCUCCUAACUGUUGCAACUCGGGAUGCCCUCACGAAGCAUGCCAACCUGGUGCUGUCGGACAAGCUUGUUCCUGCAGCUGUCCUGGCGAUCAUUCCAUCUCACGUUGAGGUUCGUAUCGCGCGCAAGUUUCCAGGCAAUGCAGACUACGGCCAAGCGGAGCUGAUGGAAGCCGCGAUUGACGCAGCGAGGCGUGGUCUCACGGUAGUGCGGCUCAAGCAAGGCGAUCCAUCCGUGUAUGGACGGGCAGGAGAAGAGAUCCUAUACUUCCGUGAACGUGGAUUCGAGCCCAUCGUCGUUCCCGGCGUGAGUUCGGUCCUCGCUGGACCGACCUUCGCAGGCAUACCCGUCACACAACGGGGCGCGGCCGAGUCCUUCACUGUAUGCACCGGAGUUGGCAGAGGAGGGAAGCAGGUCCAGCUACCUGGAUACGUGCGCAGCCGUACCUUGGUCAUCCUCAUGGGCGUGGCACGGUUGCAAGAGAUGAUCGAGACACUCCUCGCGGAGUCAGGAGAACCUUCUACGCGGCGACACGGCGCAGCAUUCCCAGCCUGUACACCUAUGGCCAUCGUGGAACGGGCAUCUAUGCCUGACCAACGUGUCAUAUCCUCGACAAUACGCGACAUCGCUGCUGCCUUGGAGAGCGGCGGUGAGCAACGGCCACCUGGAAUGAUCGUCGUCGGAUGGUCAAUUCUAUCGUUGUGGGGGAAAGGUGAUGUGACCGUGCUGGAGUCUGGGGCUCCGGAGCGCGACGAGGAGCGAAUAAGGGCUUGGUUAGGAGAGCAGCGGUGGAGGAUAGUGGAUGGGUUAGACAACGGGUGGGCGGACCUCUGAACCAAGAUUAAUGUAGACUUUCCCUUUGUCGCCUAUUCUUGUCAUCUUCUAGUCGUCAUGCUAUGUUUCUUUGCCUCGUACACGAUCCUGUGUCGGUAAUUCCUUGAACUUGGGGCUCUUGAGGCCGCUGAGUAAGUGGCCUAGCCGCUAUUCCUGUCAA